AUGGGUUACUGUAGCCAAGCUGGACCAUUUGAGUAAAACCUGUAGCUGGAGCACUGAAGGCAAUUGUGUAAACACACACUUUGCCUCCACUUUCACCUGAAAAUCUGGGGACAGAAGAGGAUCAAAGAGCACUCUCAAGCUAGCAGUAUGAAGGGAAAUGCAGCCUUUGGCUUCAUGUAGUUAUGUGUAGUAACGCAGGAGACAAGCUGUAAGUCUGUGCAACACCACUUCUGGGGCGGGCUUUGGGGUGAAGCCAUGUUCUUUUGGCAGCGCAAUGGUUGAAUGACUCUAGGAGAUGCUGAUGGGGUCUUCGAUUAAACUUAAAUCCUGCAUGGGAUGGAAAUCACAUAAAAACAUGAUGCAUCAUUUCAUCAAUGAGUGUCCAUCAGCAAAAGAAACAUGGAGAUUUUUGGAAUGGAAGCUGGUCCGACAAACAAGAAGUCAGAGGUCCAAGGAGACAGAGAGAAAGAAAGAGAAACUAAGAAGGUUGAAUGUUUUUUGGAUUGUGUCAAGGUCCAUGGUGCAGUUCUCCUCCUCCUCCUCCAAAUUCUUCUCAACUUUGACAUCCUUCUUGCUGCCACUUCAACUGGAUUCCAAGCGGAGAAAGGAUCUGGGUUUGAGACCAUCCUUCAAAAGCAGAUGAAUCUGCAAAAUGAGUUUAGCAGCAGCUUAAAACUCUCACGGCAACUUCUCCACAAAACAAAGAACCUUACACAAUACUAUCUCUCUGACCGUUUACCUGGAGUUCAAGUCAUUCUUAUUUCCCACCUGAGGCUUCUUCCCUCAAUCAACCUUGAUCUUCGCACAUGGAUCUCUCUUCCAGAUGCCAAGCGCCUGUCCCAGAUAGCUGAGACCCUUUCAUUUUAUCAGGGGUUGGUACAACAGCUGACGAACUUUGAAGCAGUCAAAGAAAAUUCCAAAUUCACCCCUCAGUUUGAAGAUGUUAAUGUUACCCUCCGAGAUCUUGGUCAUCAAGUGAAAUACCAGAUUUCACUUUGGGGCCUGCCACCUAAAAUCCAGCCUGAACCAAUUCCUCAGAUCCUUCAACACCAUAGUCAGUGGAGGAACCGCCAAGAAGUAUAUAUUGUCCUUCAUUCUCUUAAGAAUCUCCUGGCCCGGUUUGCACGAGAUUUUCUGAUGCUCAGAAUGAGGGUGGCCAAAGGAGCUUCAUUUCCCAAGACUUCCCAAUCUCACCAUUUCCUAUUUUAAUCCCCACCCACCUAUUCUAAACUGCUAAGGCAUGCUGGCAUCCUGGUAUAUCAACACCAAUACUGUUUUGUAAAUUAUCUAAAUUAUCUAAUUUAUAUAUCUAUUUAUUUUUUUCUAAGUAUUUUAUAUGUGUUUGCCUUAUUUUAACUUAUUUGUCAAAGCCGUGUUUUGGCCAUGUUCAAAUAAGCAACUGUUUAGUGAAUGCACUUUACUCAUGACAAUGUGACAGAGAAAAAGAAAGCAAAGUAAAAUAUUUUUCAGAGGUCAGAAAGGUUUGGCAGCUAGUUUGCAGGAAAUUUUAAAUAUUCAGUGUUUAUCCAUAAAAAUGUGGGUGUACA